UGAAUAGAAUAUAUUGUGUAACACCCCAACCCGCAUGACCCAAACCCGUGAGACAGCGGACCGGUGUGUCACUGAAUUGGUAUCCGAAUUUGCGACAUUUUCAAAACAAUUUUAAACAAACGUUCUAUCAAUACAUAUAAAAAUUCAUCGGAGUAAUUUAAAAUAAUGCGGAAGCCUUUUUAAAGUCAAACAACUUGGGAUCUUGCCCGAAAACGUAAUAAGCAUUAAAGUUAAUUAAAUAAAGCAUAAUCAACAGAUUAAAGAGACAGCCACGCCAUCGUACAUCUCCUCCUCAAUGCCCUCUGGGAUCGGCUCUAGGUUCAUCUGUCUGUUCACCUACGGACAGCAAAAAGGAAAACAACGCUAUCCGCUCAGCAUUGACGCUGAGUGGUACUCCAUUGUAGCACAAGAAUAAACAUAAUAAUUCAACAAUUAAGAUCGUGCAUAUGUUUAUCCUUUUAAUAAAAAUCAAUUCAACUUUACAUUCAGUUCUUUAGACGGUUGACCAACAGUCAACUUAUUUUCUUUCUUUUCAAAACGAUUUAGGUGUUACGGGUUUCUCAUGAACUCUUUGACCACCGGUCAAACCAAUUUAGACUUUNGUCAAACAUGACCUAACCCAAGUCAAAGUCAAACCUGUUCAGUCAAUUCACAAUCCUCAACAAUUCAAUUCAAACAAUCAAUUUAAUUCAAUUAACCAAUUUAGCCAAAUUAUAGCAUAAACACAUAUAACGAUCCAAACCAUUAAAUCUAUUCUGAAUGCUAUUAACUUCAUAGUACGGACCUGGAUUACGCCGAAAUCGAAUCGAUAGCUCGAACGGAAGGCAAAUCGACGAAAUCAAACGAACGGGUCAAAUCGAGUCAAAAUGCGAAAUCGACCAAUCAAUCCGGCGUGGAGGUUAAUCUGCCGGCGAUAUCAACUCAGGGCAGCGGCCGGAUGCGGCGACGGUGACGGACGCCGGCGACAGUGGCGGAGCGGCAGUUCGACGGCGAUGAGCAGCGACUGGCGGCGCUGCAAUCGACGGCGGCGGAUGGCCGUUGUGCAAAGGGCGACGGCGGCGCUCGUUUCCGGCGAAGGCGAAGCAGCGGCUGGAAGCUCGGCGACGGCGGCGCUGCGCUCGACGGCGAGGAAGGACGCCGGCAGUGGAGGCGACGUCCGGCGCUCGGCGUGGCGGCGCUGCAAUCCGUCGGCGAUGAGGCGGCGAGGCUGGGGAAGGCGACGACCGGCUGGGCGGCGGGCUUCCGGCGGCGAGGGACAGCGGCUCUGGCUUGCGCGACCGGCUGGGCGGCGAGGUUUCAGGGCGUUACAUAUUGAAAUAGUUUCAACAUUCUCAAUGGUUUGAAAUAUAGGCAAAAUUACCAAAGUUACUCCCAAAUUGAAUUUGAUAUCAUUUUUUAUUAGGCCAUUACCUAGUGGUGGAAUUUUACUUUUAGUAAAUCUAUACUGAAUUU